AUGCCUGCAGCCAUAGUGGACCGCUCUGGCAUUGUGCAUGAUCGCAGCUCUUAUACCUCCAAGGCUCCAAACCAUUUCAAACCCUACAAUACCAGAAGCUUUAAUGCACAAGCGACACGCAUUAUCCCCUCCAGCAGUUCCUUCACCGACUCCAACAAUGAACAACUCAAGAAUAUGAAAUCUGGGUUGAUAUCUCCAAGUUUACCGCUGAAAAAUAGCACUGCACACCAAACAUACAAGUCCCUGCCUGUGGAAGAGGAGGUAGAGCUCAAGAACAACUUGAACCUGAACCCAGCUGAAGACUCGGAUGUCCCCGCGCUGGAUUCUAACCCUACUGCAGCAGAUUCAUUGUAUGAACAUGAUACUAAACACUACCCUUCUGAACACUUUACGCCGAAACUCCUUACCAUCGACAUGCCCACUGUCCUACACGAGUCAUUCUACGACGACUUGAAGGAUUCGUUUACCGUCGCCAUUCGUAGUUUUCCUUACCAUCGCCUGACUAUCCGGCCCCAGAUUCAUAUGAAUCGUACCCUCGCGAUCAAGGAUAAAUCUGUAACUCCAGAUUUAGUUAUAUCGCUGUCGGCCACGCGGGGACCCAGUGAAGUUCUACUCAUUCCUUACAUAGGAGUAACCGCGUUAACGGAGGAGUGGGAUCAUGUUUUCGAAAAAAUGGUGUCAAUGAUCGCGCAAUAUCCCGAGACGAUCUUAGCGUCGAUCGUCUUGGUGCGAGAACUCAAACGCUACGCCUGUCCCGCAGAAAAAUCUACUGCGACGGAGACGUUGCACAACCGUUGCAACAAAGAAGAAAAACCCGAUCCAUUGUCACUCAAGUCAUUCAUGAGGAUGUGCUCGACGCCACGGACAGUCGAGGAGCCCGUCAAAGUCGCCGAUCACAUUUGGUGUCACGUGGAAUCUGUCGAAUACUUUGUUUGGUUGAAGGGCGAAAAAGAUAAGCCGAUAGACUUGAGGAAUAGCAAGCCAGAGUACAGGGCACAUGGCACUCUCAUGCCUGAAUUGCGCAUGGAGAACGUAACGAAGAUAUUCGACCGAGGGUUAGCAGAGAUGAAAGACCUGUUCGUCAGGUUCCAGACAGACCUCGAUCCUGCCGUCGACCGUUCCGCGCUUGAAAAAUAUGUUAUUCCAUCCUUCCCUAUCGACUGGUCUCUUAGCGCGCUGGGAAUUGCGACCGCGGCGGACUUUACUGCCCAUCUUCGCUAUGUCAAUUGGCAUGCGGUUUGUUUCAGAGGCGUGAAGCGUUCCCGCGAUUCGUCUUACGCCCCGUCGGAAUCAGAGGGUGGUAGCUCCGUGUCUGAGGUGGAUGACCCCAAGCCUCAGCCUGCCAGUGCGGGCACCAAGAAGACUCCUCCCACCCCCUCCCACCACGCAUUUAGAACGAUCAUUGUGGGUCCCAGAAAGUCUGAUUCUACCGUGACGCCCGUGGCGGGUACCAGCAGCAAACCCUUGAAGGCCAGCACGUCUAAACCCUCAAAGGCUGCUGCGGAAAGCACGUCUAAACCCUCGAAGGGCAAGGGCAAGGGCAAGGGCAAGGCUAAGCCUUCCAACAAGUGUGCAAAGCAUUAG